AUGUCGCGAGUAACUCCAGAUAAGGUUCUCGUGGGCUCUAGGGAACAGUAUUCGAUUCUCGGAUUUGGUGCGACCAUAAAAUCCAGCGGCAGUGGUGUGCAAUACUCGGGCAACGUCGGCAGUCCAUAUGGGAGCAAUGUUAUUGAAGUCCCAGCUACACAGGCUCACCGAUAUAAAUAUGUUGUUCGUUUUGAGCGUCUGGGAGGAUGGUAUGGAAAGGCCUGCAAAAAGUUUGCCUUAGCAGCGGGCCAAAUCCGUUACAUCGCGUUCAACGAAGAUUCCCAAGGUGGAUGGGCUGCAGCGCCCGGUUCUCUCGUUCCAGUUGAUGGCAAUGGCGGCUACGCUUCGACCUGGGGUGAAUUCGACUUCGGUUCCACGGUCAAUCUGGGCUGGUCGGGGUUUGAUGUUUCUGCCAUAGCUGCACAAAACGCUGGCCUUGAGGUUCAGGGUAUGAAGAUCUGCGAGGUUCUCACCCGUAUUUGCUCUUAUAUUGGUCCAGCAGCCGCCUUUGUCCACAACGCCUACACAAGUGCUGUUGCUGACAUCGGUGGUAUUGGCGGCAAGCUUGCCCCUGGUCCAGUAAGACUCGCAGUCACUAUUGGUUACAAUAUCACACACGCAUAA